AUGGGCAACGGCCAAGGAAAGCCCGUCGACCUCAAUGGCGAAGUAAACCUCAAUCAUUUCCGCCUCUUGCGUGUCGUCGGCCGAGGCGCCUUCGGAAAGGUGCGCAUCGUCGAGCGCAAAGACACCAACCUGGCAUUUGCCCUCAAGUACAUCCGCAAAGAUGAAGUCGUACGAUCCGAGAGCGUCCGCAACAUCAUUCGCGAGCGCCGAAUGCUCGAAUACGUCAACCAUCCCUUCAUUUGUAACUUGAGAUACAGCUUCCAAGAUAUCGAGUACAUGUACCUUGUGGUCGAUUUGAUGAGUGGUGGCGAUCUGCGAUUCCACAUCUCAAGGAAGACCUUCACCGAGGAGGCCGUCAGGUUCUGGAUCGCCGAGCUGGGCUGUGCCCUGAGGUAUAUUCACGCCCAGAACAUCAUCCACAGAGAUGUCAAGCCGGAUAACGUCCUCCUGGACGCCGAUGGCCAUGUCCAUUUGACCGAUUUCAAUGUUGCCUCGGACGUUGUCGUUGGCAGGACUUUGACGAGCAAAUCUGGUACCCUCGCCUAUCUUGCCCCCGAGGUAUAUGCUGGAAAGGGAUACGAUGUUCGUGCGGAUUGGUGGUCACUGGGUGUUCUGUUCUACGAGUGCAUCUACAACAAGCGACCCUUUGAUGGAGGCUCCGAAGGCUCUCUCAGCUCGCAAAUCCAGGCCGCUAAUCCCAAGUACCCCGUCACCCAACCUCCUGUCUCACUAGCCUGCCUCUAUGCCAUCGGCUCCGCCCUCGACCCCAACCGAGAGAAACGCAUGGGAUCCACAUGGGAGAGCUUUAUUCAUCACGAAUUCUUCAAGGUUUUUGACUUCGAUCACCUUGAGCAGAAGCGUAUUGAGCCCAUUUUCGUCCCCUCCUCCGAGAAGACCAACUUCGACGCCACAUAUGAUCUGGAAGAGUUACUUCUUGAGGAGGCGCCUCUUGAGGCUCGGGCUAGGCGCCAGAAGCCCAGAGAGCGUCUAAAGGAUGAUGCAACUGACAAGGAGAUUCGAGAGGAUGAGCUUUACCGAAUGAUUGAGACCGACUUCCGGCCCUUCGACUACACUGUGGCCGCAUAUAUGAAGAUUACGGAAGCUGCCGAAGGGCUCAAUGAAGAAGCCCACGCUCAAGCCCACCCCGAACAUGACCAAACUCCCCAAGCCAUCACGACCGAUGAGGCAACACCCAUGCCGGCAACGAAUGGGUCAUACCAAUCAUCUCCUCUAAACCCCAGCACCAGCAACGAGAGCAGGCAAGGCCGCCCAGUUCGACCGGCUCCUCCUCCUCCGCCCUACCAGAACGACUUCCGCGCUCGACACCACCCCAUUAUCGCCGGUCAACGUGUGACAAGUCCCACUGGAGGUGUUCAGGUGACACUUGAUGGAGGCGGUAGCUGGUCUGAGUUGGCGCGCCAGGACGCCACCCUACCCACCGAUGCCAACAGCACCGGCGAUGGCAAGAAUGAGGGCUCAGGUGGCAUGUUUGGAUUCCUGAAAUCCAAGAAGGGCCGGACUAACAGCCCGAAACCUAAGGAGAGAGGUGUACUGGGCAAGGAAGGCGCAAGAGUUGUCAUCGGCUAG